CCAGGAAGGAGCCUGGACGGCAGCAUAGCACCAAGGCCCAGAGCCCUGAUGGAACAAGAGAUGUUCAAGCAACAGUUCGCAAACGAAAGUCAAGGCUAUGGGCUGAGGCAGACCUACCUGUGCUACGAAGUGGAGCGCUGGGACGGGAGCUCCUGGGUCUCCAUGGCAGAGCACCAGGGCUUCCUGCGCAACCAGCCUAGAUCCCUAGACUCUCUAGGCCGCCAUGCAGAGCUGUGCUUCCUGGACCUGCUCUCUGGCUGGCAGCUGGACCCCGCCCAGUGCUACAGGGUCACCUGGUUCAUCUCCUGGAGCCCGUGCUUUGACUGUGCAGAGCACCUGGUCGCCUUCUUGGGGAACAGCAAUCAUGUGAAGCUGCGCAUCUUCGCUGCUCGCAUCUACCCUAGCUCGAGACAUCAAGAGGGGCUGCAGGCCCUGCAGAGGGCUGGAGCCCCGGCAGCCAUCAUGUCCCUUGAUGAGUUUGCUUACUGCUGGAACACCUUUGUGGACAACCAGAAUCGUCCCUUCGAGCCCAGUUCCGGACUGGCCAAUGCUGUUCAAUACCGGGAGAAAGAGCUGCAGCGCAUUCUCCAGGGUCUCUGAAGAAGGCAAGAGUCUGCCACCAAGCACCCAGCAGGAAGAGCAGAGACAACAGGAUGGCACCUUUUGCCUGCCCUACAGGCACCCCACAGGCAGGAGCAGAGCCAUGUGUUCAGGACACCAAGCAGACAUUUAAAGAUGUCAAAGGGGCCUGGUGCAGUAGCUCAAGAAGCUAAUCCUCCAUAUGCAGUGCUGGCAUCCCAUAUGGGCAUUGAUUCAUGUUCUGGCUGCUCCACUUCUCGUCCAGCUCCUUGCUUAUGGCCUUGGAAACCAGUGGAAAAUGGCUUGGGUCCUU